AUGUCACAAAAGCCACAGAAACCAAUAAGGCAAGACUAUAUCGCCAAAGUGCGUUAUACCAACAAUCUUCCACCACCUCCAUUAAACCCCAAAUUCAUCGAAUAUAACACCACUGAACAAACCUCAUCCAAAAUUGAAGCUGAACAAUUAUUAGCUUCAUUAUUUAGAAAAGAAAACUUCCAAGGACUCAUGGAAAGGAUAGAUGAUGAAUUGGGAUUGAAUUUGAAUUUGAUUAAUAAUAAUGGAUUUUUAGAUCAAGGAAAUGAUUCUGUGAUUUGUAAUUUACAAAAAGAUAAAGAUAGACCAAUUACAUUACAUCCUAGAGAUCGAGCAUUAUUAAGAGAUGCUGGGAUUGGCAAGAUUUCGAAAUCAGAACCGGGGGUUUCAUUCUUGAGAAGAACAGAAUAUAUUUCAGAAAGAGAAAGACCUCAGUCUCGAUUAGCUGCCACCAGUGAAGAAUCGAAACUUGAUGCCAAAACAAAAGCAAAAACAGCUGGGGAAGGGAAGCACGAUGCCGAAUCACAAUUGGCGGCGGUUGAACAUACGUUUGACGUUGCCCAAGAGUCAUUGAAUGAUUUGAAUUCGAUCAAACAUCCAAGAAAGAAACAUUUAAAGGCGGUGGAUGCUUGGCCAUUAUUGCCGGAUACUUCUAUGAUGGAUAAUAAAUUCUUAACGAUUAGAUUCUUGGGUUCGGCAUCAUUAUCUCGUGAUUUGGAGACGUUGAAGAGACAGCAGAAGGAUGCAUUUAAUGCAAAAUUUCAUCAAGAUUCAAUUGCAUCAACUGUAUUCAAACCGAUUUCUUCAGCUGACGGAGAAUGGAUUUCAAUGUUUCAAGUUAAAGAUGCCAAACGAGCUGCUGAAUUGAAAUCGAAAUUGAAUUCAACUGAACGAGAACGUCCGGUUAAUUUAUUAGAUGAGGAAGAAGAUAAUUUGGAUGAAUAUAAUUUCAAAUAUGUGAAGAAUUAUGAUAUGAAUUUCCAAAGAUUUAAUAAACCAAAUGAAGAAUUGGCAAUUAAGUUUAUUCCUGAAGAAGGGAACAAAGUUGGCGAAAAGAGAAAAGCGGCAUUAUAUUAUCCAACCACUGGUAGAAUUGAUUUAAAGAAGCAUCGUGCAUCUACAAAUUCUGAAAUUAAUCGUUUCUUGAGAGAUAGUACUCUUGGUGGAAUAAAUUUCAGAUUGAGGGAACCUACUACGAAUGAAUUGAAGAAGAUGGAUAACAUUAGAUCUGAAUUUGAUCCUAUGGAAUAUGAAGGAGAAGAUGAAGAAGACGACGAGGAGGAAGAAGAGGAGGAAGAUGAACAUGAGGACAAUGCGGAUGAAUCCAAAUCAUUGGAUGAAUUUAACGAUGACGAAGAAGAGGACUAG